UGUGUGUCAGUAUGUACACAAUGACACCCUUUCAUAUUUGUUCUUCUGUCUGAAUGUGAUUGUUGUGUAUUAAAGGCUGUGCUUCACAUGGGCCGAGCUUGUUGGCAGAGGGUGCGAUGCAUUUUUAGAACUUCGCUCUCAUUUUUACAAGGCAUCUAUUCUCCUCAGUGUGUGUGUGCAACUGCAUUAGAGCAAAGCUGAAGAAAGUGGGGUAAUGACUGCAGCAGCCAAACAACCCAACAGGGCUGACUGCAAUACAGUCAGCAUUAUACUGACAUAGAAAGAUCGGAGGAGUGUGAAGUGAGAGGAAAAGUUGGGUGGGAGUUGGCAGCGUGUCAGGAGUUGACUCUUGAGCUCUGCUCAGUGCAGAGCUGACGCACUAAGGCUCAGAGAGACUGAGAGGGGAGGGGCGAGGGAGAGAGAGAGAGAGACAGCAGUGUCCAGAUGGAGCCUGUUUGUUUUGGAGUAGCCGACUGCUGCUGAGAGCGGGACAGACUGUCGGCACUGUGCUCUGUGAGGGGAGAAGCAACAACAGGACCGCAGACCGCUGUUUUCUGCUCACAGGUCUUGUGAUGUAGCUGCUGAUCCGUGUGGAGGCCCUGUGUGCAACUCAAGGUCAGGAAGAUCCAGCAGCAGCAGCCUCAGGGAACUGUCCCAUCUGGAUCUUGGGACCUGGAGAGCCAGGUGGACCUAACUUUCCCCCCUCACAGCCCCCAGCCUCUCUUCGGGACACUAUGGAGGGAUAUAUAGGACUGUGAAGAGGACGUGAGGCCUGGACCCCAGUCAACACCUCCCACGACAGAGUCUGUUCCCCCGAGCCCGAUCCCGUGUUGAAGGCCAGGGGAAUGGGCCCGGCCUCACUGCAGGAGGAGAGAGAGCUGGAGAAAGAGCCCGAGGAGAAGAUGGAGAGCUACCGCUGCCUCCUGCAGGCCGGCUCCCAGCUUCAGAGCACUGUGCAGCAAGUUUCCGUCCCUGUGAGCAUGAAGGAGGUGGGAGGCUACAUAGAGAAACAGGUGGCAUAUCUGUCAGGGGGCCGUGGGGAAGACUCCAGUGUCAUCAUCACCCUCCCCGAGUUCUCGGCUUUCAGUGACAUCCCGGAGGAAGCUUUAGCCAAAGUCUUCUCGUACCUCACUCUCAUCCCUCGAACGAGGCAACCUGGGGUGAAGUUCAUCAUCAUCUUAGACCGGCGACUGGACACGUGGGCAUCCAUCAAAACUGCACUUGCCAGGAUAGCUGCUUCCUUUCCCGGGAACCUCCACCUGGUCCUGGUGCUCCGACCCACCAGCUUCUUCCACCGCACCGUUACCGACAUUGGCUUUCGCUUCAGCCAGGAGGACUUCAUGCUCAAAAUGCCAGUGGUGAUGCUGAGCUCUGUCACCGACCUGCUGCGCUACAUCAGUGAGAACCAGCUGACGUCGGAGUUUGGAGGCACUUUGGACUAUUGUCAUAGCGACUGGAUUGUUUUACGAACGGCGAUUGAAAGUUUCGCGGUGACAGUCAAAGACAUUGCGCAGAUGCUGCAGGGCUUCGGCACCGAGCUGGCAGAGACGGAGCUGCCGGACAAGGGGAAGGCCAUCGAGUAUCUCCUCGAGGCUCAAACUGACAAGUACAGGAAACUCAAGGAUGCAAUCAGGUCGGUGUCGAAGGAAGGUCGUCACCUGCUCUCCAGCCUGGAGACCUCUGGGAAGGAGGACGACUCCGAGUGGGACGUGAAGCUGGACUGGGAGACGGUGCAGAGGCUUCUCGCUCAGCUCAGAGACAUGGAGUCGGCCUUUGACGGCUUCUUUGAGAAGCAUCACCUGAAACUCCACCAGUACCUGCAGUUGCUCAAAUACGAGCAAAGCUUUCAGGAGAUAGAGUUGUGUCUGGAGCAUCUGAUGGCUGAGGAGAAGGAGCUGUCUGUGUCUGCAGACACUCUGGCUCAAACGGAACAGGCUCUCAAACGGUUGGACGGUCUGGAGGCUAAUGCACAGGAGGUGGUGUCUCGAGCUCAGAUCAUCAUCCUUCACGGUCACCAGCUUUCGGCCAGUCACCACUUCGCCAUGGCUCUCAUCAUGCAGCGCUGCAACGAGCUUCGCCACCACUGUGACACUCUGAACGCCGCUCUGAAGACCAGACACUCUCGUCUGCUGCACACACACCAGCUGCUGCUUUGUCUCGAUCAGGCACACAUUUGGUGUGAUGACGGGGCAUAUCUGCUGGCCAAUCAGCUGGUAGAAAACUUCCAGUCGAAGGAGGGGGCUCAGACCGCCUUAAGGGAUAUUGAGAAGUUCCUGGAGGAGGCGCCUUCUAUACUGAGCUCAGGACCGGACGUGUUAGCCAUCGAAUAUGAGGCCAUCAUCACACCUCACCUGCAGGCCCAGGUUGGGAAAACGUUUGAGAAGCACGCAGCGGUGCAGCAGAUGAUCCAGAACCGACAGGCUUGUCUGAGGAAGCUGGCCGAUAAACACGUCCGACCGGUCCAGCUGGUGGCCCCCAGGCCAGAAAACCCACCACGAUCCAAGUCCCCGCUCUUCUCCCCCAAACACGGAGAUGGUUUGAAGUUCACCUUUGACCUCUCUCUGCCUGGGAAGAGAGCAUCGCGAAAGAGCCCCCACCCUAGAAAAAUCGAGGUGAUCCACGACUACCAGGAGAGCCGGGGCUGCGUGUCGUACAGUCUGGAGGGCGAGGACAGCCCGGAUCUCUUGAAGCGCCAUGUGAUGAGGGAACUCAUAGAGACUGAACGGAUCUAUGUCGAAGAGCUGCUGUCGGUGCUGCUGGGUUACAAGGCUGAGAUGGACAACCCAGCUCUGUCGGGGCUUCUGCCCCCAAUCCUCCGCAGCAAGAGAGACAUCCUCUUUGGAAACAUGCCCGACAUCUACAACUUUCACAGCAGAACCUUCCUCCAGGACCUGGAAGGAUGCCUGGAGGCUCCCGAAGGUGUGGCAGCUUGUUUUCUGAAACGGAAAGAGAGUUUUCAAAUGUAUGAAUGCUACUGUCAGAAUAAGCCGCGCUCGGAGUCGCUGUGGAGACAGUUCGCAGACUGUGCCUUCUUUCACGAAUGUCAAAAGAAGCUGGAGCACAAACUGGGCCUGGAUUCCUACCUGCUGAAGCCAGUCCAGCGCCUCACCAAAUACCAGCUGCUGCUAAAGGAGCUGCUAAAAUACAGCACAGACUGUGAGGGGACGUCCGAACUGGAGGUGGCGCUAACCGCCAUGUUGGACCUGCUGAAAUCAGUCAAUGACUCCAUGCAUCAGAUCGCCAUCACAGGAUAUGAGGGUGACAUUUGCGAGCUGGGCCGCGUGUUGAUGCAGGGCUCCUUCAGCGUGUGGAUCAGCCACAAGAGAGGUCCCACGCGUAUGAAGGAGCUGGCUCGCUUCAAGCCGAUGCAAAGACACCUCUUCUUGUACGAGAGAGCUCUGCUCUUCUGCAAGCGGCGGGAGGAGCACGGAGAAGGCUGCGACAAGACGCCCUCGUACAGCUUCAAGCACUGUCUCAAGAUGACUGCUGUGGGGAUCACAGAGAACGUCAAAGGAGAUGUGAAAAAGUUUGAGAUCUGGUACAGUGGCAGGGAGGAAGUGUACGGGGUUCAGGCUCCUACAGUGGAAGUGAAGAUGGCCUGGCUCAAUGAGCUGCGCAGAAUCUUAACGAACCAACAGAAGAUGCUUAGAGAUGAAGCAUGUCAACAUGGCGAAAUGGUUGAGCACACGGAGCUUUCUCCUCCACUCUCUGAGAGCAAGCAGCAGAGGGCGUCGGUGAGCUCAGAGGACACAGAGUCGGGGCGGAGCAGUCCAGACCCCCAGCCUCACUCCCCGAAACACCAGCACAACCGCAGGAGUUGGCCCGGAGCUCAUCACUCGGUAGACAACUGCGAGGGUCUUGAGGAGUGGCCUGGAGGUCGCGACGCUUUCCACCCAUCUGACACGGACAGUGAGGUUUUGGCGCAACUGUCUCCCGGCAGGUACAAGGCUUUGGCCGACUGUCUUCAAAAUGGACCCGACAGCAUCACCAUCAAAUGUGGAGACGUCAUCCAGCUGCAAUGUGGAGACGACAAGGGACGCUGGCUGGUGAAAAAUCUGAGUCGGCGACAAGAGGGCUUCAUGGCAGCUGCCAGCCUGCAGCUGAUCGUAGGAGACGGCAGCCGAGGACACUCUAGACUAGGGGACCCAGGGAACCUGAAGGCGAGAAAGCUCAGCUCCCCAUAGACGAGAAAGCACAGAAUGUCAAUCUAAUAUUUUACCUGUGGAUGAUGAACAGACCGAGGGAACGGACUGAGCCUUACCCGUCUGUCGGUCACCCACUCCUCCCUCCCUUGUGCUUUCCUCAGCACAGUUCGGUCAUCAAAAAGAAAAAAGAAAAGUGGGAAUCAAGAGACCUCAUUCUCUCCAAGGCUUUGAUUGACAAUCUCUCGGGUCGGUGUUUGUUGACAGUGAAGGCACAGGAACUAUUAUGCCCUCUUGGACAAUCAAUUGUCGAUCCCUGGAUCCUGAUUGCUCUUCUCCUUUUCUGAUCGGUGAUGAGUUUCUUUUCUUCCUGGCGCUCCGUCUGCAGCACACACACACACAUACACACAAACACACACACACAGUCAGAAUGUUGCAGGAGUGGGUCAUUUUGCACACUGGGAACAUUUUUCAACCCUUUUUCAUUCACAGGUGACGUAGUUUCUGAGUGUGUGUGUGUGUGUGUGUGUGUGUGUGUGAGUGUGUGUGUGUGUGUGUGCGUGUGUGUGUGCGUGUGUGUGCGUGUGUUCCUGUUUGUCUCAGAGUGUGCUGAAUGAAACAUUUAGUAAAGCAGAGGCUUUUGUACAUGUACGGUAUCAUUUUUAACUUUUAUUGUACCUCAGUGUUUCAUCUUUGUGCAGUGACCGUUGACAUUUUCCAUUGAACAGUUUUUUCUUACAUGUCAUUCCUUAAGGCAGUCGAUGAAGUCAAAAUGCCAAAAUGUGCCAUGCCAUAAUGCCUUUUUUAUUCCUGCUCUUUUGGAGUCUCUCAUAUGUACUGUUUGCAAAAUCAAGCACUCUUCUCGCUUCAACCCGACCUCCCAAAGGUCCAAGAGGCACUUUAAUAAUGUGGAAAGACAAUAGAAACAAAAAAGACCCCAACCUAUUGUCUUCUGAAUGUAUUCUUUGCUUGCUGCUUUACCCGUCUUACUGUGUAUUUCCUUCGUAUUCAUGCUGUUACUUCCUUUGUUUAUUCUUGAAUGACAUGUUAUGGAGGCAGGGGAGACAUACCCCCUGCAUGCAGGCAGCAGCCGACAUGUCGGUGAUCAUAAUGUGAGACACAGGCGGACCUGAGGAAGAUUGAUGGCAAGGUGUUCCUUGGUGUGUGCCGCAAACAAAUCUGAGGCGUGUGCCACAGAGCGCCAAACGCCGCCGUUCUCCUUGGGAUCUUUUGGGAGCCGACUGUCAGUCACAGCAGCGACAAGGGAGAGCGAGUCAGAUUAACAGAGAGGGAGAGAAAGAGAGAUUAUGCUCCGUGUGCCCCUCCAUCACGGAGGCAGAUUGUUUCCUCCACGCCAUUACGGCUCAGUUAAUCUCGGGUUGUGCAUUAAAAGGGAUCAUGCAGCCAACAUGAAAUAUACCCUCUGUGUCGAUCUCUUAAUUAAAUAUUGAUUGCAGACUUAUAUGAGUUUACCACAUCAAAUCGAGGCCCCAGUCGGAGGGCUGCCUUUGAUAUGCUGUGUUUGAUAUGGAAAUGAGUCUGGGAAGCAGCAGGGCCGCUUCGUACUACACAUUUCCUAUGUUGUUAAUUUAUUUAUUUUGCUGUCAAGUUGCUCCUUCAUAUUGUGAAGUAGGCGUGCAGCAUCGGAUGAAAUCACGUUUCCAGUGUUUUUUUUUUACUUCAAUCCAAAAUGCUGCAGAUUUUGCACAUUUUUUCCAGUUUGGAAAAAAACCCUGCUUGAAAUAUGUAUCAUGAUGAGCCAAGUAGCCUAAACAUGUCGCUGAACGUUUCUUUAAAAUGAAAAUGCAUGGCAACUAAUCAACGAGAAGGUUUGUACUGUUGGACUGUCGUUGUUCUAAACUGGCUUGAUUUUGUACAGCUCCAGUUCUGUUGAUUAAACAAUCAAAAAAAAAUAAACUAUUUAUUGCAAUUAUUGUUUUGUUUUAGUCACUGAAAUAAUUUCUUGUUUUAA